AUGGCCGGGAGACCCUUCGAACACGCCGGCGCGGAAGAUGUGGUGGGGGUGCCAGAGCUGGGCGCCAUCAUCCUCGGCUUUCUCGAGGACGUCCAAGACCUCCGGAACGCAGCUUUGACGAGCAAGCGUUUCAACCGCGCUGCGCAAUUUCACCUCUGGGCGGCAAUCAAGCUGCCAUACCUUCAGGCCGAUCCAAGUUGGAUCGACCAGCGUCCGUUCUGGGACGAAUUCUCUUCUCAUUUGGAACGCAACACCUUCUCUCUCCAUGUUGACCUCCCAGUGGCGGCCCCCGGCCUCGCCGAGAUAAUCUCGCAGAAACCAUGGGAGACCAGGGUGAGCAGUAACCAGCCGGAGUGGUUCGUCACCAAGGACAAAGUCGACGACUUCUUUACCGGUCUCAAGGAGACCCUUACGCGAGCACCACGCCUCCGCAGAUUCACUGCUCGGGACGUACCCCGGAUCCUUGAUCUCGCGGUUCUCCUCCAGCGCCACCGUCCCGAGCUUGUCUCUCUCAGUAUCACCGCUUCAAAGCGUGAUACUUUCGGGUUCCUUUGUAUCCCAAAUUUUAGUAUUGAUCACUGGAGGUGGAAGAUGCAGCAACAUCCACGUUCCACGGUUUCCCUGGGCAACACCGUCAACUUCGGCCUCGACACCCAUACGCCGAUAGUGCCGCCGGUGUUCAAUUUCCCCAAUCUGCGUGUCCUAGCCCUCAACAACAUCCAGCACGACGGCCGGCGCCCUUCUGUGUUCCUCGAAAACGUCGUCAGUAUCCUCAAAGGUUCGCAGAACCUUUCUCACCUUGAGCUUUCUCUACGGCACGAGAUUGGAGGCAUGUCGCCGGACGGGAGUUUCGUGCGGCGCUUGUACGGCACCGUCGAAUAUCCGGACGGCCCUAAUAAUGCCAUGGAGGUAUUGCCCCUCCACCUGAAGACCCUGACGCUCGGUUACGGCUUUGAGAUCAGGGACGAAGCUUCAUUUAUUUUCCCCCAACAAGGUCCGCACCAUUUGGCAUGGCUUACCGAUCUGCAAACCCUCGAAGGGCUCCACUUACAGGGCAUUCUCGACAAGGACGGCUCGUAUAUCAGGCAGCUGAGCGGGAGACACGGCUUCUCGUUGAUCACAACUCCUCCACACAUACUACGGCCCACUCGUCUGCCACGACUCCGCAAAAUCACUUGGCCGUGGGACCAAGGGGACCUUCUGAGGCUGCUGUGGCGCUCGAACAGCGAUCGUUUGCAGCAAAUCGUCGUCCGCAUCGAUGUGUCUUCGCCUUCGGAGUGGAGAGCACGACAUGGGGACGCAUGCACAUGCCCUUUAUGGGUUGGCACAGAAUCACUCGAAUACAUCACCGCUGAAGACAUCUACGUCAAGGGCUUUGUCUUUCCCACAGAGUCCAUGCGCCCCCAGGACGCGGAUGCCUUCCUGGCCUGGGUUCACGGGAUCAACAGACUACAGGCGCUCAAGAUCCGGAUGCCCCCGUUGACCGCCCCCAGACACGUCAAGGGGAAGAAUCACAUGCGGACAUUCUGGGGGCGCGUCAAGCAGAUGACGCACCUGCGCGAGCUGUGGCUGGCCGACGGCCUGGGAACCUGGAGCAAGCCCGAGGGCGAGCCGGGCCGCUACGUCGCGGGGCGGUAUCCAAAAGAGUCCGAGUUCCGCCACUACAGCACCACCGCCGCCAAUAAGUGCCCCGACCUGGUGUACAUCCGUAUCCUGGACCGCGCUUGGCACAUCACUCGAUCGGGCUAUAGUCGCUGGGAGCAGCAGAUUACCCUGCACGAGGUGCCAAAAGACCGUGUCGAGAAAGACAUUCCGGAUUCUUUCGACUUCAGCACGCCCGAGUACAUCUAA